UGUAACGGCAGGAACGGUUAGAUGACGUACGUUGACAGGUGCUAAUUUACUAGUCGCUUCACUGUAAGUGGCAACUGUUCAUUUGCUUGGCAAACUGUUUGUAGUUGGCAGAGUGACUCUCCACGAGGCAAAAAAUUCAUGGUUUUUGUAUUGGUCAUGAAAGAUUGGUUCGCUGGAAAACACAGUUUGAACUUUCAUCCUGUAUAAUUUUGGUUACUUUUGACCCCAUUUGUGGCAAAACGACAUUUUUGCGUACAGUUUGGUCAGGAAAAACAUAUUUGCUUCACUGUUACUUUGAUGAAAACAAAGCUCUUCAUUUGGCCCGGGGAGUCCAAGUUAAAAAGUGGAGGUCAGUGACUGGAUGGCAUGACCGCGGGACAUACUAUGCUAACAGGAAAAUGACCCUCAACGACAAAAUCUACAUAAUCUCCCAAAGUCAAUUACUUUCGUGUUUUAAGACGCAAACUUCUCGGCGAAUCUAUCGCCGACGGCGAUGUGUCAAAUUCACAUCGGAAGCAUUUUCGUUUCUUUUAAGCCUAUGUGAAAAUAUGAAUAUUUUACUCCGUUCGCCCUUCUAGUUUUUUCAGCUGUUUGUAUUCCCGCUCCUAUUAAGUUUUACCGUGAAAGUAAACAAGGAGGGAAAAAAAAUAUUGUAAAAUAAAAACACUAAAAAACCGAUCGAUGAGGUUUGCACCCUGGAUGGUGGCCAGAUCACAUAGUUUGUCGCUGCUUUCGAAUCGAUUUAACGGAUUGGCAGCGAAAGAGAUCCAAUGGGAUGGACCGUAGGUGUUGUGGAUUUUAUAUUCAGUGAUACACUGUCCCUGACUAAGUGAGGAUGAAAAUAAAAGAAGAAAAAGAAAAAGAAAUAAUCUUAAAAAAUCACAUGGGCUGAGCUGGCAGGGGUAAGAGGUGUGCUAAAUUUACUCACAUACACACGCGCACGCAUACACACAUUUCAUGCGGCGCCGGCGUAGUAGACGUCGCCGGAUGGGCGCGCGCACUAUUGCUCGCCUAACCGGUAGUGAAACUUGCGACGACCAUGUCAUCAUUCAGUCUUCGGCGUUGUUCCCGGAAAGAAUGGUUCAACAUGUUACCGCUCUACCAAUUGGAGGUGCUGAACAGCCUCAUCAUAGUCUCUUCAAAGAUACGGGAGUUAGCGACAGCGGAACAACAACACCAACUUCCAACGGAGAUGAUGGGAGUCGAAGCCGUAGCAAUAGUGAUGAUGCAACCAGCUCCAAUCCGAGGAAUGACGGCAUGGAACGGAACGUGUCAACGCCGAAUGACGCUCUUCACCUCGAGAGACGGGUGGGACUCGUCAGUGGGGUGGCUCUAAUUGUUGGAACAAUGAUUGGAUCGGGUAUUUUCGUCUCACCGUCGACGCUAUUGGUGAAAACCAAGUCGCCUGGUCUCUUCCUGGUCAUCUGGGCUGCUUGCGGCAUCCUUUCGACGCUGGGAGCCCUAUGCUACGCCGAAUUGGGCACCCUCAUCCCGAAAAGCGGUGGCGAAUACAUUUACUUUAAAGAAGCGUUCGACUCACCCCGUCACCGCUUUUGGGGUCCCGUCAUGGCUUUCCUCUACGCCUGGGUUUCGGUGAUCCUGCUCAGGACUUCAUCCAUGGCCAUCAUUGCCUUAGCCUUUGCUGAAUACUCUAUCGCUCCGCUGAUGGAUACGUUGAAUUUUUGCUGGCCAGACGAUUACCGAUACACUUUGACUCGUUUGGCUGCUGCACUCUGCAUUUGCCUCAUAACUUUUAUCAACUGUUUCAGUGUUAAGCUGGCCACCAAAGUACAAAAUGUCUUUACGGCGGCCAAGCUGGUGGCCAUCGCCAUAAUCAUCGCCGGCGGUCUCUACAUGAUCGGCAUUGGCAAUACUCAGUACCUGAGCCAAGGAUUUGAAGGUUCUACCACUUCUUUCGGUGACAUUGCUACUGCCUUCUACAGUGGCCUCUGGGCGUAUGACGGAUGGAACAACCUGAACUACGUUACUGAAGAACUCAAGAAUCCUUUUGUGAAUCUUCCGCGGUCCAUCAUGAUUGGAAUUCCUUUAACUACUGUUUGUUACGUCUUAGUCAACGUGGCGUACCUGGCCGUCUUGUCGCCAACGGAAAUGAUGCAGUCCGAGGCCGUCGCUGUGGAUUGGGGCAAUCGACUGUUGGGUCCCAUGGCGUUUUUAAUGCCCUUAGGUGUUGUAUUGUCAACGUUUGGCGCGGGCAACGGAAGUCUCUUCACGGCCGGAAGGUUGUGCUACGUUGCGAGUCGUGAAGGACAUCUAGUUGACGUGCUUUCCUACGUCCACAUCCGACGAUUGACUCCUUCUCCAGCACUCCUUUUCAAUAGCGCCGUGGCACUCAUGAUGAUCAUCCCUGGCGAUAUCGCCAGUUUGAUUGACUUUUUCAGUUUCACGGCAUGGAUUUUCUAUGGAGCCGCUAUGCUUGCACUUAUCGUCAUGAGGUUCACCAAAAAAGACGCCCCGAGGCCUUACAAGGUACCGAUUAUCAUUCCUGUCAUCGUGCUAAUCAUUUCCGUUUACUUGGUCAUUGGACCAAUUGUGGACAAUCCGAAAAUUGAGUACUUAUACGCUACCUUGUUCAUCUUGGCUGGAUUCUUUCUUUACAUCCCUUUUGUUUAUUACAAGAAAGUAUUGCCCGGAAUGAGUUACAUUACAACAUUUAUGCAACUCCUGUUGGAAGUAGCUCCAUCGACGGCCAUGGCGGAGGACUAGCGUCACGAACAGUCAAGUCACCGAGGCGAUCAAAUAAGAGAUGGCAACCGAAAAAUUUCCGUGUUUAUGGUCUAGCACUAUAGGCGGUGAACUAUUACGUGUACAUUAUUGUUACUCUGAUCAUGUGUUAAAACCUUGUGUUGGUACGAUGAUUGCCAUGCAAUCUAAAUAUUUAAAAAUGGUUGUCUUUCCCUUCUCUUCAGUCAUUCUUUUUCAUAAUUGGUUUUAUCCUGGAUUAUGAGCUCGAGGAGAUCUUACAAUUCAAUCGAAAUUUUACCAAAAGACACAAAGUUUGUAUUAUUGAUUUAGAACAAUGUUUUUUUCCUUCUUUUCAACAAAAACAAUCAAGUACUAUUCUAAAUUUUACUCUCCCAAAAUGGCGAGAAAAAUUAUUUUGAAACAGGGAUUCGUUCAUCAUAGACCUUUUUUUUGAAUUUUUUUAUGACGCAGCUUCCAUGUACUUAAAAUCGAAGCCACUGAAUUGUAAACUUAAUCACUCAGUGACUGUGAAUUUUGUACAGCAUGCAUACCGAAGAAUAAAAUACACAAGUGCCAAUCACGA